UUAGGAUUUUUCUGAAAGAUAAGGAAACAGACAAGAAGGAUUGUGACAUUUCAAAUGACCUCUGGGGUCCAGGUGGGACCCAAAUGCUCCCUUGGCCUCCGAGGUUAUUACCAUCCUUGUUUGCUUUGACAGUUAGAGGCACGACAUGCCUUUGUGCUGUUUGCAAAAAGCUGAGCGAGUUGAAAAGCAUAGAUUGAGUACAUUUCCAAUGGUGUUUGGGUCUGCAAGCAUUUGUUUUUUGAGCGCUGCCGUGUGCAGGGCCAGGGCUGCGUGGAGAGAGAGCGGUUUCCGUUGCGCAGACCGGCUGCCUGAUGUCCUAGGUGCUGAGAACGGCCGCCAACGAACCCUGCUCCUUUUCAUUUCGCCAGGUCCUCAUUUCAUCGGAAAACACGGUAGCAGCAGACGCACAGAGACUUUUUCCUCUUCUCCUUUCCCCCUUCUCCCCCCCUCCCUAGACCUCUCUGGGCUUUGACGUCACGUGUGCUCCUUUUGGUUGCCAUAGCAACCCCAUUCCCCAAGCCCUCUGUCCGUCUCCUCUGGUAGGUUCCACAAUGGUACAGGCAGCAUCGCGCUGCACAAUGGUUUCCAGGCAGUGAAAGAGGGUGAUUCAGCAAGCCACUCUUCGUCUUCUUCUUCAUCUUCUUUUUUUUUAAACCUCCCCUUCUCUUUUUAUUUUUAUGGGGGUGGUUGGUGCUUGUUCUGAGCUUACCUUUUUUCUUUUCUUUUUCGUUUUUACAGUAUUCCAUUUUUCUCCUCACCCCUCAAUUCCUAGGGGCUUGAGUGACUUUACGUUUGGGUUUUCUUGGCAAUCACCUGUCCAUCAUUAAUUUUAAACAAUUUCCCCACCUCCAAAGAAUCUAUUCCUUAUUAGUUUGGAAUGUGGUUAAUGAGAGACAAGUAGGGAGGAUUUCUGGGGCAAACACUGCUGGAUCAGGAUCGUAGUUCUCAAGCACGGAAUGGCUAGCGUGAGAAACACCAACGGCAACACCAUCUCAGAUCUCUGUUAUGGCAACUCAGGCAAGAAGCUGUUGAAUUAGACCCAUUUCCUGUAGAUGAGAAACCAUACAAGCAGUGAUAUUGUUAAUGUGGAAUUGCUAAGGAAAAAGAAAUCAUCUUUUCCCUUACCUGGGUCUUCCCUGGUGGCUCAGAAGGUAUUUAUGAGCCUCCAUUUAUUGUACUACUGCAGUGAACCAACCUUGGAUGUGAAAAUUGCCUUUUGUCAGGGAUUCGAUAAACAAGUGGAUGUGUCAUAUAUUGCCAAACAUUACAACAUGAGCAAAAGCAAAGUUGACAACCAGUUCUAUAGCGUGGAAGUGGGAGACUCAACGUUCACGGUUCUCAAACGCUACCAGAAUCUAAAGCCUAUUGGCUCUGGGGCUCAGGGAAUAGUCUGCGCUGCGUAUGAUGCUGUUCUUGACAGAAAUGUGGCCAUUAAGAAGCUCAGCAGACCCUUUCAGAACCAAACGCAUGCCAAGAGAGCCUACCGGGAGCUGGUCCUCAUGAAGUGUGUGAAUCAUAAAAACAUUAUUAGUUUAUUAAAUGUCUUCACACCCCAGAAAACACUGGAGGAGUUCCAAGAUGUUUACUUAGUAAUGGAACUGAUGGAUGCUAACUUGUGUCAGGUGAUUCAGAUGGAGUUAGACCACGAGCGAAUGUCUUACCUACUAUACCAAAUGUUGUGUGGCAUCAAGCACCUUCACUCUGCUGGGAUUAUUCACAGGGACUUAAAACCAAGUAACAUUGUAGUCAAGUCUGAUUGUACAUUGAAAAUCCUAGACUUUGGGCUGGCCAGAACAGCAGGCACAAGCUUCAUGAUGACUCCCUAUGUGGUAACACGUUAUUACCGGGCCCCUGAGGUCAUUCUGGGAAUGGGCUACAAGGAGAACGUUGACAUGUGGUCAGUAGGGUGCAUCAUGGGAGAAAUGAUAAAAGGUGCAGUGCUGUUUCCUGGCACUGAUCAUAUUGACCAGUGGAAUAAGGUUAUUGAGCAACUAGGAACACCAUGUCCAGAAUUCAUGAAGAAAUUGCAACCCACUGUAAGAAACUAUGUGGAGAAUCGGCCCAAGUAUGCAGGACUCACCUUCCCCAAGCUCUUUCCAGAUUCCCUCUUCCCAGCGGACUCUGAGCACAACAAACUCAAAGCCAGCCAAGCCAGAGACUUGCUGUCAAAGAUGCUAGUGAUUGACCCAGCAAAAAGGAUAUCAGUGGAUGACGCCUUACAACAUCCAUACAUCAAUGUCUGGUACGACCCUGCUGAAGUGGAGGCGCCCCCACCUCAGAUAUACGACAAACAGCUGGAUGAAAGAGAGCACACCAUUGAAGAAUGGAAAGAACUUAUCUAUAAGGAAGUAAUGAACUCGGAAGAAAAGACGAAGAAUGGCGUUGUGAAAGGACAGCCUUCUCCUUCAGCACAGGUGCAGCCGUGAACAGCAGUGAGAGUCUCCCUCCUUCCUCAUCCGUCAACGACAUCUCCUCCAUGUCCACCGACCAGACCCUGGCAUCUGACACUGACAGCAGCCUGGAAGCCUCGGCAGGACCCCUGGGUUGUUGCAGGUGACUAGCCGCCUGCCUGCGAAACCCAGCGUUCUUCAGGAGAUGAUGUGAUGGAACACACACGCAGACACUCACGCACACACGCAAACGCAGACACGCAAUGACAAGAAUGUGGCAAGGGAGAGAAUCCAAGCCUAAAAUUGAAACACAUCUUUCAGCCUGCUUCUUCUGCAGAGUUCUGUAUUGCAGCUAAGCCAAAUGUAUAUUUAACUCCUAGUUGCUCUUGCUUUGGUAUUCUUCCAAUGAUGCUUUUACUAUGGAAAGCAAAUCAAACACAAUUAGAGAAGCCUUCUCCGUAAAGUGUAAUUUUAAUGGCUGCAGAACCAGUGACCUGUAACUGCCCUUUCAAAUGGCAUGACAAGGUGUGCAGUGGCCCCAUCCAGCAUGUGUGUCUCUAUCUUGCAUCUACCUGCUCCUAUUGGCCUAGUCAGAUGGAUGUAGAUACAGAUCCGCAUGUGUCUGUAUUCAUACAGCACCACUUACUUAGAGAUGCUACUGUCAGUGUCCUCAGGGCUCUCCCAAGACAUCACGCACUGGGGUACCACAUGGUCCAUUUCAUGUGAUCUAUUACUCUGACAUAAACCCAUCUGUAAUAUAUUGCCAGUAUAUAAGCUAUUUAGUUUGUUAAUUGAUUAAGCUGUAUGUCUUAUAAGAAAAUGUGUAAAGGGUGGAAUAUGGGGAGGGAGUGAGUUCUCUUGGACCCUUGAAGAUGUAGCUUCCAAAUCUGAACUGAUUAAAUGGCACCUGUAAACCAAUUUGUAGAAAGAACAUAUGUGAUGCUUAUGUACAGUGCGGGGUGGGAGAGGGUGACAGUUUCCAGGUACUGAAUGGUUUGGCCUUUAGAAGGAAGGUAGGCAUAACAGCUGAGGGUCUUUUCUCGGUAGUGAGUGGGUAGGAGAGACUAGGGUAGUGUGGCUAUGUGGGAGGAAGAACUAAAGGAGGUGUGACCCAGAUUCUAGGGGACACCGACAUUCCUGUUUUAGAAAGGAGACCCUCAUUUGUCGUUUGCAAAUUAUGUGUCACAACUGAGAAGAGAUUGGCAGCUUAGGGAGGCAGGGUUAGUGUGUCCAUAUCUGAUGGGAACCCUUCUCUGAAAAAGAGUGGGGCUGCCUCUACAUGGUAUCCCAAACAAAAAAUGAGUUUGCCUAGGCUAUUUUUAGAUUGUGGGUUGUGUUUUCCAUGACUGUGCUAUUUUCCAGGUUUAUAUCUUGUCAAGGUUUUAUUUUGAGAAGAAAUAUUACUUCCCUCUUCUGGAAAUAAAAAAAAAAAGAUUACUUAAAAAAAAAAUACCCAAAUCCCAGGGCGAUCCUCAGGUUAGUAUUUGAAAACAUCCACAGACAUUCCUCAGGGGUUUCCCCGACUCCUUAACGUGGCCAAUGUCUCAUGUUUAUUUAUUUUUUCAUAAAUUUCAACAAUGCAAGAAGGGCUGAUCAUCUGAGUUUUGUACCACAAGUUGACAUGACAGCAAUAACUCUGCCCAUAAGUUACUGCUGCUAAAUAUCUUUAGCAAUAGAGUGUCUUAAAAGCCAUGAAGCAUUGAUGUCAAUGUUGAGCAAAAUCUCCUGAAUUUAGCUCAAAAAUAAAUGAAAGUGCUUUCCCAGGCACUUGAAGGAGGCACUGUGAAACAUCCUGGUUCCAUACAAGGUGAGACCAGGGUAACUUCUCAGCAAUAACAGGACCAGGUCAACCCUUCUCCCCUUAUUCACUCUAGUGAAGUAUCCAUCACAACUCUUUGCACUCUGACCAUUUUGGUGCUCACCAAUGUGGUGGUAUUUCACCUGAAGAAGAAGUGAAACACACAGGAUGGUUGGUUGAGUGUGAGAUGACUGGCAAAUGGAAUCCCUCUGAAAACAGAGCAGACCAGAAUGCCAGUGCUCUGAAAACUGCCUUAAACACAAUGAUAGGGGAGCCAUAUCUCUUCCUAAGCAAUAGAGUCAACUCCCACCAUCGCUACAGGAGCAAUGCUGCCAUUUAUAAGGGAUUGCUUUAUACCAUAGAUUUCAUGACAAGAGAUCAUUUGUUCAAAACGGAGAGAAAAAAUAUUAGACUGUGCAGCUCGUCCCCUGGAACAGAAGUGGCCCAGUGUCUCUGUCUUGCCGCCCUUGUUUUUGGUUAAUACUGCAGACAAUCUGAUCAGAAAAAGCUUCCACGUUCACAUGAGUUCAGUCAGUUUUCUUUCUGUCACUCUCUCUCAACUCUCCCCCUCACGCCCCCACCCCCUUUGAAGUUUCUCUUCUUUGCAUUUCUAUUUCUUUGCUUAUCUCCUUUGUCUGUGCUCUUCUCUUGCUAUCCCUGUGGCCUCUCCCCUCCUGGCUCUUUAACCCCAUGGGAUUAAGUGCAGAGAGCACGAAGCUGCUGAGAGAGAGAGAAUCCAGGAAGAAUUUCAUCAGCCACCAAACGACAUCAGGAGACAAAAGGAAAUCUCCAGCCAGCAUCUUCAAACCACUCAACAGUGAGACUCUCUCUCAUGUAUGUGGAAGUGAUUUUUUUUUCCCACUCAGAUGAAACCAGGCAAGAACUACCCAAAGUCCCUCCCAAUACCUGCUACUUCCACUUGCUACUUCCUUCUCUAAACUCGACUAGUCUGGCCUCUCCUGUUGUCUCUUGGAAACAGGUUACCUUUAGCCAGAACUCCCUCCAGCCAAGGAAAAAUGGAACAACCUUUAUAUUGAGAUAUCACGUAUUACAAAGCAAGCUAAGGGUUAGCUUCUUGACAGCUUCUACAAUUAAUUUUCCUACAUUAUCAAAGCAACAGGAGAUAGGCCAACAAAGAGAACCAUCAUUGCAAAAGUCCACCUGCCCUUCACAAUCUUGGGUCCAUUCUAUUGGAGUCUCUUCAGGACGUGAUUAUUUGUUACCAGAUCCACAGAACAUACUAUGUUCUGUACUGAGUCUUAUUUUCUUGAAAAAACAAAUAUUUCUGGUACAGUCACCGUUCCUUCAAAAGGUCUCUCCUGCUUUUCAGAUAUGGAAAUGUCAGGUCACUCGAGGGAAAAGUGAAGUUCCUGCCUAUGGUUGGGGUUCCUUUUGGAAUAUGAAGUUAGCCUGACUUUCCUUAAAGGGCAAGUAGUUUCAUAGUGAUUCUUCAAGAAAUGUUUUGUAGUAUUUUAUAGGAGGGAUAGUUACGUGUCCAUGUGCAGGAGGAACUAGAUUUUUGAGAGAGCUUGGCAAAACCACCACCACCACUUUGAUAUUUCUAUAUGUAUUCUGUUGGCCAAUGUGUUAAAAAAAGAUACACUGACCUGAUAACCAAAUUUCUUCUUGUGGAAUAAAAACUGAUAAUAAUCUUGCAUCUUCAAGAAUCUGAUGACUGAGCUUCGAGAGAAUGUACCCCAUAAGUGGACCAGGGCCUGGUCUGUUCCCUUCACUUGAAGUAAAUUGUUUAAUUGAAGGCCAGGGAGCUGGAUAGUUUUUUUCUCAAUCUGUUAUCAUUAUCAGAAAAAUAUUACCUAAGGAUACUGAUAGCAGCUGACUGGUAAAUCAGAAAAUAGGCCUUGACAAAUAGAAUAAGUAGAAUAGGUGAGAUUAGAUAAAUCCUUUUAUGACUUGCCAGGGAGGAGGGAUGCAGAAUAAGCAAAACAGACUUUAAAAUUGUAAACAGUCAUUGCAAAAUCUAAAUUAUUCCAGAUCUACUUCUAUGUAAUUCUCAACAUAUGAUAAUCUAAAUCUUAGAAGCAUUAUGCUCUGUGUUGAAUGCUAUCAACCAGGUUAGCUGAAGAGAAUUUAUCUUGUAUAGCUCAGAGAAAGGGAUUAAAUAGCCUGAGUAAUCUUUGAUUCUAACCACUUUGGGUCUGAAGAGAAAUCUCCACCCUCUACCCUGCUCACAAUACCCAACAUGCGUAUUUUCCACAGAGAUUAUUGAACCCAGAAUGGAAACUCCUUUCUCUAAGAACAACAAUCAACUUAUAAUGUACAUAGUUACACUAAUUAUUUUCCAUGUGAUUAAAAUAUAAGAUUUUAUCUCUUUUA